UAGCGCGCUGACCUGUUGCUCCAUUCAUCCUAAAGCAACGCAAACUAACUGGUGAAGGCUUGGAUGUCUCUCUUGCAAGCUCUUAUCUGUGGUUCUCAGUCCCAGAUGGAAAUGUAGAUGCAGCCGGUCUGUUUGGUGUGCGGUGUGGAGCGACUCUGACGAGGAUAAAGGAGGCACUGGUAACUUUGAAUCAUGACUUUUGCCAUGCUGCGGCCCGUGGCGACCCACUUGAUCUACUCGGACUUCAUGAUCACCUCUGAGGACGACGAGAACCGCAGCGAGAGCGACGGCAGCUCGGAGCAGAGCUACUGCGGCUCGAUGGAGAAACGGAGGCGAAUCUCCCGUAAGCUGGAGGGAGACUCCGCGGUGGUGAUGAAGCAGCGGAGCGCCGCCAACGCGCGGGAGAGGGGUCGGACCCAAAGCGUCAACACGGCGUUCACCGCACUCCGGACUCUCAUUCCCACAGAGCCGGUGGACAGAAAGCUCUCCAAGAUAGAAACGCUUCGACUCGCCUCCAGCUACAUCUCCCACCUGGCCAACGUGCUGCUAAUCGGAGACGCCGGCGCGGAGGGACAGCCGUGCCUCGGUGCGGUCCAUGCGCAGGGCGAGAGCGCAGGGAAGCAGCCGCGCACCAUCUGCACCUUCUGUUUGAGCAACCAGAGGAGAGGGAUUAAAGAUGGGAAAGACUGUUUGAAAAUGCGUGGACUGGGUCCACUGCGAGUGAGGCGUUGACCGGAAACCAUCAGUGAACUGUUUGCAACCUGAAAACCCUCAAAGACUUUCUCAGGGAAAGAACUGAAGCUGGUGCAACACAGAGCGCCCACCCGUGUACCUGUACACACAUGCUGGAUCCAAAGGUGGCACCAAAGAAAAGACUAUUUAUACUUGACUGAGACAUCCCAGACUGUAAGAUGUUCAAAGAUGCAGUGCAUUUGUUGGAAACUUAAUGGUCUUUUUUUUUUAUUUGAAAGAUGUUUUAAAUAAAAUAUAUUUUAUCAAAAUGUAA